AUGACUGCGGCAAACAUGAACUCGUUGGAGUUUGACACGCUGUCGGCGGACCUUGCGGGGGCACUGCCUGAUGUGUUUGGGACGUACGGAAUCUACGGCUUAUAUGCAGGGGUGGGCGUCCUCGUUUGGCUCGUGAGCUACCUCGUUGUGAUCUCGCUGGAAAUCCGCCCGUUGGCCGCGCACGAAGGCCUUGUGUCCAGCCAACCUGACACCGUGUCCCGUAUCAUGAGCAUCUCGUCGCUGUUUUUUGCGCUUCUGUGCGUGCUAACGCCACCCGUGGACGUUUACGUGGCCACAACCCAUCAUUUGAACCAAGCCAAGGCGAUCGGCACGUUUUACAACGUGCUGUUCGUCGUGCUGCUUCUGUACUCGUUCCUGCUCUCACCCUUUGCCUACUUUUACGCCAAGCAGAGCGAAAUCCACCAUAUCACACGCUACUCCACGUCGCAGCGCGUCGCGAGCGCUCUCAAGCGCACGGCGUGUUUCCUCUGCUUCAUGCUCAUCCUCAUUCUUGUCGUGUUGGUGAUCGUGGUGGGCGGCAAGCCAAAGACAAGCGACAUCGACUGGCUCAAGCCGCUUCUGGACCUCCAAACAGACGCCACUCUCACGCUGCAUGUCUUCCUCGGCCUGAUUUUGAGUAUGGGCAUGAUUCUGUGGAUCUGGCUCGGGUGUCGCGCGAUGGCCACGGUGCCCGUCGACGGAUUCCUCCGGCCACGGCACAACGAUCGCGCCGCCCUGAGCUACCUCAUGGAGGAAAUCGAGCUGGAAGCGCACUCGAUCGAGCGAGCGCGGCAAGCGGUCCUGCGCAAGUUCACGGUCACGGGCGUCAUGUCCGACGUCGACCAGGCGCGGCUGGACGAUCUCAAGAGCCGCGACCAAGUGCUACUGGAGCGCCGGCGGGUGUUUGCCAAACAGUCUAAAAAGUGGCUGUGCUGCACGUCACUGGUGUGGCGCCUCCCCAUCGGCAUCGUGCUCAUGCUCGUGUCAAUUCUCAUCGUCGUGUCGCUCCUUCUCACGUCGAUUGACCGCCUGCUCCACUCCACGUACAAGUCUGGAUUUGUUAUCGACCACCCGUCCCUGCCCAACCCUAUUGACAUUGUCCUCGUCUUGGCUUCCCAGAUCUUUCCGCUGGACUACGCCAUCUUUGCCACGUGCUUCUUGUACAUUUUCGUCGUGUCGUUUGUAUGGCUAGGCCGUCGGGGGUUCCAGUUCCUCUGCUUCCGAAUCGACCGUCUCCAUCGACACCACACGUCGCCGUCUACGCUCGUGCUCACGACGUUGAGCAUGGUGUACUUGGCCCUCGUCGGGCUCUUCUCCCUGCCGACCCUCGCGCCCCAGUACACUGCGUUUGGCCACCAGCAGUUUACGAUCAACGGCACGACGCUUCCAUGCUCGUUUAAUGCGACAACAGUUGACACGACGUGCAAGGCGUCGCAACUGGCGCAGAUCUACAACGGGUUUGCCGUCAGCGUACCCCUCGCUGGCACGGCGUUCGUGGUCGCGCAGGUCCUAUGUGCCCUCGUGUUUGUGCCGUUUGUGAUCCAAGCGUACUUGUUGACCGACGACCGGCCGACCGACGGCCCCGCCGACGACCCCAAGCGAGAAGCGUUGCUCAAGCGGUGA